AUGGACACGCUGAUGCGUGAGAGCGACAUCAUCGUGGCCACGUGCGCGCUGACGCCGGAGACGACCAACAUCUUCAACGCGGAGACGUUCAAGAAGAUGAAGAACAGCGCCAUCAUCGUCAACACGGCCCGCGGCGCGUGUGUCGACCAGGACGCUCUCGUCCACGCCCUCAAGACCGGCGAGAUCAAGGUCGUGUCGUCGUCGUCGUCGUGUUUCAUUGGAAAUGGGCACAUUGUCCUGGAUAUCAAGAAGAAAGAGGAACAAGCAACCCUGAAGUAG